UCAUCACUUCUCCGCUUGAUAAUUACAUGAGCCAAAAAAAAAAAAAUGAAGCGCAAUUUGCUUUUGUGUUUAGGUAGGCCCAUAGCUGCGCAGACUUUCAUACUAAGAUGCUUAUUUAAAAUUGAGAAUAAUCUUUGGGUGCAAACCUUCCUUCCUGUCAAAUGGCUACCAAACCAGAUAUUGCUACUAACUUCGCUUCUCAAAAUUUACUCUCAGAAAAUAAAAAGAAGUAUGGGGAUUUAAAAAGGCAACAAAAAACUAUCAGCAGUCUGCCUAGAACACUCAGAGUCAAUCGGCGCAACAAAUACUCGGUUGUCAACCAAAACAGCACCAGCGCUAAAUACAAAACAGGGUUUGUGCCAGUCAAGUCCCCCGGCUCAAAGCUGCUGUCAUUUUCUGCACCAGUACUUCUCUCUUCACCCAAACGUGUACGACGUCGCCGUCGGCAAGCUUCUCGACAGUCUAGUUUAAGCGAGCGCACCUUCCGGAAGGACCCAAACGGCACACGAUCCAAGAUACGGGCGAUCCCCAUAGCAGUUGGUGGGGCUCUGAUAAAAAAGUCAACUUGCAGCUUGAGGAAAGUCAUGGCAGAAAAGAUCCAGAAAACCACUGAAGUGUGGCUUCCCAGCUUAAAGAUGUCAAAUUUGACUCACUGGGAGCGGCCGUUUUCCAGACCACUGAAUGCCAUUGAACAGGUGUUGAACGAUGAGAUAGUGGAACCAACUUCAAGCUAUUUAUGUGGCUUCAGGCAAUUUCUCAACUGCAAACUUGAAUCGACUUUUGCAGGGAAGAGCCCAACUAAUUCCAGAUCGAUACAAAAUGCAGAGACCCCGCAAACUCUGGGCGAGGUUGUUGUUGAGGGCACCAACCAAGGUCAGCCUCGGGGGCCAACUCACAAAAUUGAUCAUCAAGAGGAAACUGAUGGCGACAAAAAGAGAGGACGCUCUAAGUUCAGAAGAUUGGCCCAAGUUGGUACAUAUGCCAAGCUGUUUGUCCAGAAAUUGAAGAUCAAAAGUCUUAUCGGGCGCGGUGGCAGCGAUGACAAUUUUGCUGAGAUAGAUGUCCCCAACAUCCCCUCGCCCUCGAGCGAUACUUUGAAAGCACUCAGAAGAAGCAAAGCCCCUAUGGUCUUGUUAUCGGCUUGCCUGUCUUUCCUGUUUGGGUUGCCGAUUAGGCCUUACCCUCCUGCUAAACGUGGACCACAAAUGAUCAUGACCCCAAUUCUGACUUCGACGUACAACAAUUUGUUACUCAGUCCAGGCAAAGAAAUAUAUUUGGCGGAUACGGCAGAUUCCACCGACUUGCGAUCGGAAAGAAUGAAGCAGAUUUUACGGGUUCGGUUCUCCAUGAACAACGGCCAAGUGGUAGGUGAUGGGAGAACAGUUUAUAGGAAACCUUCCCAUGGUCUGGCAGAUCUGACGUCAGGUGGCAUUCCUCUUACGCCAAUGUCUUGCAUUUUGGAACAAGACCCCGAUUUUGAGUCUUUCAUGUUGCCCCUCGACUCGGGUUAUACUCUUCAGUCACCCGGAUCAAACGAGGUUGACCAUGGUUAUAUUCCAAAGUCCAGUGGCACAUUCAGUGAGUUCGGAUAUCAGGUGGCUUAGUGCUGAACAAGGUGAUCACUACAUCUGUGCGGUACAAAUUUUUAUCGAUUUAACAU